CCUCUCUCACUCCAUGUCUUUCUUCCUUCUGCGUGUGAGGACUCUGUGACAGCUUUUCCUGCUGCUUGUAGCGAACGGCUGAAAGGGAGUGAACUGCUUGUAAUACAGAGUCAAACUGAGGCAGACACAUACACUGCUGAACGGUCAUUGGUCUGAAUGUUCUGAAUGGUCAAUUCUGGACGAAACUUCCCAGUAAGUCUGAUGCUGUAGGAGAACAGCUUUGAGAUUUAUAUGUGUGUAUAGACGAAGACCCAAGAUAUUCUGAGGACACAAGGCCAUAUCCAGAGUGAGAAGUUUGACCCAUCUAAAACAAAAACAGUGCACCAUGAAGAGAAACUGACUGCUUUAUGUGGUUUAGAAACACAGGACAAAGCCAGGAUGAAUGUGAAAAGGAAGGAGAUGGAUUUCUUGAGCAACACUAUUGCUGCUUAUGCUCACAUUAAAGCCAAUCCAGAGAGUUUCGGCCUUUACUUUGUCAUCGGUGUCUGUUUUGGCCUGGUGCUCACUCUCUGCCUCUUGGUCAUCCGGAUUUCCUGCAAGCCUCGGACCACUACGGCGUCCCCCAUGCCAGAGAAAAAACAUCUGAAAGACUAUAGUGAGGAGGAGGAGGAGGAAGAUGAGGAGAGCGAUGAUGAGGAGGAGGAAGAUGCAGUAGGCCUGGAGUCAUCUAUUCAGCACAGCACCACAGAGAUCCCCAUGAGCAACCACCUCAUCACCCCAGACGGGACUCUGAGCAGGAACGUGUUCACCUCAGCUGAGGAGCUGGAGCGGGCACAGCGAUUGGAGGAAAGGGAGAGGAUCAUCAGGGAAAUCUGGAGAAACGGACAGCCAGAUAUUCUGGGAACAGGAACAGGCACUAUUGGAAGAGUGCACUACUACUAACACUCCUGAACAUAAACUCAAGCCAUUUCACUGGUUGAGUGCAGACUGGUAAUGGACAGUGUUUCCAAAUACUGAUGUUAUUGUAAUCCUACAGACCACGGGUACAGCUGUUCUGUAUGCAACAUUUGGUUGCUGUCAGUCCCCAUGUCAUGGUGCUUAUUAAAAAGUCAUUUUAAAGCACGAAUUUAGACUUUGAUGUCAGAGUUGAUGUUUAAAAAUUAUUUGUGAAUUGUACAUGAUUAUUAGAAUUCACUGAAAGCAAAUGCACUUUUGCACCAUGCCAUUUAUUGUGUAUAGAUUUUUUUCCUUGCUAUUUUUGUACUUUUUUUAAAAAAAGUCCCCCAUGUCAAAUCAUGUAGUAACUCUGAACAGAAAUUAAAAUUUGAUGCAGAUGA